AUGAGUUCCUUUUCAGACUCGUUCUCUAAUUUUUCUACGCCGACAAAUUCAUUGCCGGCAGAACUUUCCAACCGGGACUCUACCUCUUUAAUUUUUGAUGAUUCCUUGAGUCUUGAACAACUUGCCUGCCCAAUAUGUAAUGAAACAUCAAUCAACCUUUUUCAACUUAACCAACACCUUGACGAUGCUCAUACAGAUGCAGCUAUUGAUCAAAGGGAUAAAAUUAUUAAAUGGUUUAAAAAUGCUCAAUCAACUCUUAUGAAACCACUUUCAAAAACCAAAAAUAUUUCAACACAAAUGUCACAAAUGGCUUUACAUGUUUUUAAUGAUAUUGACGCGAACUGGUUAGAUCAACAAUCCGAAAAUGUAACAAGAGAGCUUUGGCAAAAAGAAGGAGAGAAUGAUCAUUGUUCAAAUUCUUCUUGUAAUAAAGGACUUAAUUUGAAAAAUGGCAAGAAUAACUGCCGAAAGUAG